ACUCUUUUCGCGGAAGUUGACGUUGCUAACAGCAGGGCAAACAUUUCUGAUCAUGUCCUUCAUUUAUAUUGAAAAUAACACGUCUAUAACCUAGAAGGUUUUCCAUUCUCGCAGGUUUUCAGUUUCAUGCUAGAAUGUCGGAUAUGUGGCCUGGGAAAUCUGGAUUCCUUGACUGAUGGCGGCUCUGGCAGUAUUUCGCCAUGCCAGCAGCAGUCCUCUGCUCUGGAGUUGGGGACCUGUUCUGUUUGUCCUUCUGGGAUCAGUAUGUAUUCUGUUGCUGCCUUUAGUGGGCAUAGAGGAGCGAUGCUGUGCCACACUGAAGGGUAUUGCUCUUUUGCGCUGCCAGCUGUGGGGGGGUGUCCAGCGGCCUGUGGUCCACACAACCAGCCUGACAGUCCCCUUCACAGCGCUAGACCUGCUGCCACAAAAACUCAAGCCCAGCAAAGAGACUCGGUUGGAGGCAAAGGCGGCUCUCCAGCAGGCUUUGGAGAUGAAGAAAAAUGGAAAAAGAGAGAAAGCUCAUAAGCUGCUAGUCCACGCACUCAACAUGAACCCUGAGUUUGUGGAUGCGCUCACUGAACUGGGAACUAUUCUGGAGGAAAAAGAUGUUGUCCAAGCUGACCACCUCUACACCAAGGCCCUCGCUAUCUCGCCCUGUAACGAGAAGGCCCUGGUAAGCAGGGAUCGCACGCUCCCUUUAGUAGAGGAAAUAGAUCAACGCCACUUUGGGAUCAUCGAUGGAAAGGUGCGACGUCUCAUGUCCAUCCCCAAGGGCAACUCUGCCUUGCGUCGGGUCAUGGAGGAGACCUACUACCAUCAUAUUUACCACACCGUUGCUAUCGAAGGCAACACGCUCACGCUAUCGGAGAUUCGCCAUAUUAUUGAGACCAGAUACGCUGUUCCAGGUAAGAGUCUUCAAGAACAGAAUGAGGCAAUUGGUGUAGAUGUAGCCAUGAAGUACAUCAACACCACCUUGCUGUCCCGUGCUGGAGCGAUCACUGUAAAUGACAUCCUCGAGAUCCAUCGGCGGGUUCUAGGCUACGCCGAUCCCGUGGAAGCCGGGCGAUUUCGUUCUAGCCAGGUGUUCGUGGGACAUCACAUCCCACCGCACCCGCAGGACUUAGACAGACACAUGCAGGAGCUGGUCCAGUGGUUGAACACUGAGGAAGCGUUGCAUCUACACCCGGUGGAGUUUGCAGCUCUCGCGCACUAUAAACUGGUUUACGUGCAUCCGUUUGUGGAUGGGAACGGACGGACGUCCCGUCUGCUCAUGAAUUUAAUUCUAAUGCAAGCUAGUUAUCCACCAAUCACCAUUCGGAAAGAGCAGAGAGUAGAGUAUUACGCCGCCCUGGAUACAGCCAACGAGGGUGACGUUAGGCCCUUUAUUCGAUUCAUUGCGAAAUGCACAGAAAUUACACUUGACACGCUACUGAUAGCCACAACCGAGCAUGCAGUUGGGCUGCCUGGGUCAAGUAAUCACGCCUGCCCUGACUGUAAACGCACCAUACCUGUGCAUAGCUGAAAGAUGUGUUGGUAGAUGGGAUAAGGUCGCACAUCCAUGUAAUUGAAGUGCCAUAUGGUCCAAAUCAGCCUCUGAAAUAAAUCAUUGUCUAACCUUAUACUGCUAGCUUGGGUCCUACAGAACAUGGACCAAUUGUGGAUCCAUUUUAAGUUUUUGUGUGUGUGUGUGUGUGUGUGUAUUUAAUGUGUACAGUAGCUAUAUUUGUUACAAAUCCUGUUUGUUUUUUGACCCUUUUACCGCUACAGCUUUGUAGUCAGUUUUAAUUAGAAAUGAAAGAAAAGCAUUUUCCUUGGAAAAAGAACAGGUCUGUGAAAUUUUGAAAGAUUGCAGGUCCAUUUAAUUUGGUUUGUUUUGGUUUUCAGAUGCUUUGCCAGCUGAAGUACAUUUAUUGUGAACUUGUUGAACAUUUUUCUCUCUUUAUAUACAGGGUGGCCGCGGGUCAUUAAAAAGUAUUAAAAAGUCUUAAAUCAAUUUUCCUAAAAAUAAGGCCUUAAAAAGUAUUACAUUGUCUUAAAUUCAGAUUGGAUAGGUCCUAAAUAUGUUAGUCAUGUCACCGCAAAGAUGCAGGCAAAGGUAAUUGUUCUGCCAGCCAGGUCAAAUAUUUUCUACAAGUAACGUAACCUGUGUGUGAGACACGCAGGUGCGAUCAUACAGUGGAGUCAUGAAAAACAUCCUUCAUUUUGUUCAGGACAACAUUCAGUCUGCAAAGUGUUUACUUAUAUUUGUGUAGGCCUAUACUCGCAUUAAAAAACACUUUUAAAAGCAAAACGUAUGUAUCCAACCCCUGUUUGAAACAGUCUGUGUGUUGUAACGUCUGUCAGAGUUUGAGGUCCCAGAAGAAGAAUAGGAAAGACAGUGCAAACGAACUGGUUGUUCUACGAGUCCUUUUAUAGUUGCUUUCUUUGUUAAGCACACUCUUCACAUACAUGUCGAAAGAGCGGAUGAUAACAGGUUAAAGAAAACACUCUGUAAAACGCUGCAAAUCAAAGUGGAAGUAAACGCAAAACAACAUCCCGCGAUAGAUCGGUCAUCGUCUUCCUCUUUGCGCGAGUGUUUUGAGAUGCGCCUCGCCUAGCCUGCAAUGUAAUCGAGAGUAGGCGGCUGCAGUGAGAGGAGUGAAAAAAAGCGCAGGCAAGACGGACAAAUCUCGGUUCUCGAAGUGGGUCUGACACCUGUGAGAUCAAAGUCUGAUAUCGCGGGAUUCACGCUUGUGCAUGUGUUGCUAAUAAACUGGAUGUAACGUUAGGUUUCUGACCUGUUGCUUUUAUAUGAAAAGAAAUAUAAUGAACAAGACAAAAGUACUUGUUAUUUAAUUAUAUUCCAAAUAUGUGUUUAUCAAUAUUUUUUUCUUUAAUACAGAUAUGUGUUUGUAUAUAUUGUUUUUUAAUAAAAAUAUCAUGUUUA